AUGGGUGAGCAGUUCGUCGAGUACUACUACAAGACCUUCGACUCGAACCGCGCAGAUCUGGCAGGUCUCUACGGCCAAGAUUCUAUGCUCACAUUCGAAGCCGCUCCCUGCCAGGGCGUAGCCAACAUCGUCACCAAGCUUCAGGACCUUCCCUUCCAGCGAGUCGAGCAUCAAGUCACCACCCUCGACGCCCAACCCGCGGACACUACUACAGGCGCAAUUCUAGUCAUCGUGUCAGGCGUGCUACUGGUGGAAGAGGAGAAGAGGCCAAUGAGCUUUGCACAGACUUUCCAGCUUAAGCCGAGGGAGGGGAGCUAUUAUGUGUUCAACGAUAUCUUCAGGCUGGUCUAUCCUGCGGCUUGA